AUGUCGCGCCGGAAGCCACGCGGUGGCGGCGCGGCUGCCGCUGGCCCGGCCCCUGCCAGGCAAGCGGUUCUGAGUAGAUUCUUCCAGGCCAGCGGGAGCCUGAGAUCCACCGCCUCCCCCACCGGAGCGGCGGCGGAGGAGGGAGAACCUGACUCCGGCUCCGCAGCGCCUCCAGCGUCCGCUUCCCGGCCUCGAUCGCGGCCACACGUGGUUGCAGAAAUCGACAGAAGUACAAAGAGUCCACCAGAGGAUGAUGGGCCUGUUAAAAAGAAAGCAAAGAAAAUCCAAGAAAAGGAAGGUCAAAGUGAUUCAGGAACGUCUGGGAACCCUGAGCCAAGGAAAUGUCUGAGGACCAGGAUUGUUUUAAAGUCUCUGGAAAAACUGAAAGAAUUCUGCUGCGAUUCCGCCCCUCCUCAAAACAGAGUUCAGAGGGAGCCUCUGCAGGAGAGGUUUGCAGUUCUGCCAAAGUGUACUGAUUUCGACGAUAUCAGUCUUCUGCGUGCAAAGAACGCCGCUUCCGCUGAAGAUUCCAAGUCUAAAACUGGUCGAAAGGACAAGACACUUCCUGAUCUCAGUCAUUUUGGAUCAUCACAUGGGAGCUACGAAAACUUACAGAAAAUUUCUGAUUCUAAACCACCUAACAAAAGGACCAAAAGCAUCUACACGCCAUUGGAAUUACAGUACCUAGAAAUAAAGCAGCAGCAGAAAGAUGCAAUUUUGUGUGUGGAAUGUGGGUAUAAGUAUAGAUUCUUCGGGGAAGAUGCAGAGAUCGCAGCCCGGGAGCUCAAUAUUUAUUGCCAUUUAGAUCACAACUUUAUGACUGCAAGCAUACCUACUCACAGACUGUUCGUUCACGUGCGCCGCCUUGUGGCGAAGGGAUAUAAGGUAGGAGUUGUGAAGCAAACCGAAACAGCAGCAUUAAAGGCCAUUGGGGACAACAGAAGUUCCGUCUUUACCCGGAAACUGACUGCUCUUUAUACAAAAUCUACGCUUAUUGGAGAAGAUGUGAAUCCUUUAGUUCAGCUGGAUGAUGCUAUAGAUAUCGAUGAGAUAAUGACUGAUACCUCUACUAGCUACCUUUUGUGCAUCUGUGAAAAUAAAGACAAUGUUAAGGACAAAAAGAAGGGGAAUGUUUUCAUUGGAAUUGUGGGAGUGCAGCCUGCCACGGGUGAGGUUGUGUUUGAUAGUUUCCAGGAUUCUGCUUCCCGUUCAGAGCUAGAAACUCGGAUAUUACGCCUGCAGCCGGUGGAGCUGCUGCUUCCAUCUCAGCUGUCAGAGCAAACAGAGAUGCUCAUCCACAAGGCCACAGCUGUGAGGGUGCGGGAUGACAGAAUUCGAGUAGAAAGGAUGGAUAACAUGUAUUUUGAAUACAGCCAUGCUUCCCAGGUGUUUACAGAGUUUUAUGUAGAAGAUAUGAUUGACAUCAAAGGUUCUCAAAGCCUUUCCAGCGCCAUGAUCUUGGAGAAGCCUGUGAUUUGCUCUUUGGCGGCCAUAAUAAGAUACCUCAAAGAGUUUAACUUGGCAAAGGUGCUUUCCAAACCCAUGAAAUUUAAACAGUUGUCAAGUGCAAUGGAAUUUAUGACAAUUAAUGGAACAACAUUAAGGAAUCUUGAAAUCCUACAGAAUCAGACUGACAUGAAAAGCAAAGGAAGUUUAUUUUGGGUUUUGGACCAUACUAAAACUUCAUUUGGGAGACGGAAGUUAAAGAAGUGGGUGACUCAGCCGCUACUUAAUUUAAGGGAAAUAAAUGCUCGGCUGGAUGCUGUGUCUGAAGUUCUCCAUUCUGAAUCCAGUGUGUUUGGUCAGAUAGAAAAUCAUCUACACAAAUUGCCUGACAUAGAGAGAGGAGUCUGUAGCAUUUAUCACAAAAAAUGUUCUACCAAAGAGUUCUUCUUGAUUGUCAAAACCCUUUAUCACCUGAAGUCAGAAUUCCAAGCAUUAAUACCGGCUGUGAAUUCCCACGUCCAGUCAGACCUGCUCCGGACGUUUAUUUUAGAAAUUCCUGAACUCCUCUGCCCAGCGGAGCAUUACUUAAAGGUCCUCAACGAGCAAGCUGCCAAAAUUGGGGAUAAAACGGAAUUAUUCAAAGACCUUUCUGAUUUCCCUUUAAUAAAAAAGAGGAAGGAUGAAAUUCAAGAAGUUACUGACAAGAUCCAAAUACAUUUGCAAGAAAUAAGAAAAAUACUAAAAAAUCCUUCCGCACAAUAUGUGACAGUAUCAGGACAGGAGUUUAUGAUUGAAGUAAAGAACUCUGCUGUAGCUUGUAUACCAACUGAUUGGAUUAAGGUUGGAAGCACAAAAGCUGUGAGCCGCUUCCACUCUCCUUUUAUUGUAGAAAAUUACAGACAUCUGAAUCAGCUCCGGGAGCAGCUAGUCCUUGACUGCAAUGCUGAAUGGCUUGAUUUUCUAGAGAAUUUCAGUGAACAUUAUCAGUCCUUGUGUACAGCAGUACAUCGCCUAGCAGCUAUUGACUGCAUUUUCUCCCUGGCCAAGGUUGCUAAGCAAGGAGACUACUGCAGACCAACUCUGCUAGAAGAAAGGAAAAUCAUCAUAAAAAAUGGCCGGCACCCUGUGAUUGACGUGUUGCUGGGAGAACAGGAUCAGUAUGUUCCCAACAGUACAAAUUUGUCAGGGGACGCAGAGAGAGUAAUGAUAAUUACUGGGCCAAACAUGGGUGGAAAGAGCUCCUACAUCAAACAAGUCGCACUGAUUACUAUCAUGGCUCAGAUCGGCUCCUAUGUGCCUGCCGAGGAAGCGACCAUUGGAAUUGUGGAUGGCAUUUACACGAGGAUGGGAGCUGCAGAUAAUAUAUAUAAAGGACAGAGUACAUUUAUGGAAGAACUAACUGACACAGCAGAAAUAAUAAGAAAAGCCACGUCACAGUCCUUGGUUAUCCUGGAUGAAUUAGGAAGGGGGACGAGCACCCACGAUGGAAUUGCCAUUGCUUAUGCGACACUUGAGCAUUUUAUUAGAGAUGUGGAAUCCUUAACCCUGUUUGUCACCCAUUAUCCGCCAGUCUGUGAGUUAGAGAAAAGUUACUCACAACAGGUGGGGAAUUAUCACAUGGGAUUCCUGGUCAGCGAGGAUGAGAGCAAACAAGAUACAGGUGAAGAAGCCCCUGAGUUUGUCACCUUUCUUUAUCAAAUAACCAGAGGAAUUGCAGCAAGGAGUUAUGGACUAAAUGUGGCUAAACUAGCAGAUGUCCCUGGAGAAAUUUUAAAGAAAGCAGCCAGCAAGUCGAAAGAGCUGGAAGGAUUAGUAAAUAUGAAAAGGAAAAGGCUGAAGUGUUUUACAAAAUUAUGGACGGCAACGGAUGCAAAAGACCUGCGAAAGUGGACAGACGAGUGUGAAAUGGAAGACGUGGCAGAUCUCUCCUCCUGAUUAAAAUGAAGUCUACGUUUUGAACAAAAAACGAGAGCAUUGAGAACACCAACUGUCCCAAAAGAGCCCUCCGGUGACGGCCCAUCUCCGUGUGAGUGUAGACCAGGACCGUGGGACAUUGCUGUGGGACACGGCUUCGUGUAGAAAGUCUGUGUCGGGCUCUCGGCAUCCUGUCACCCCGCUUUAAAGUACAAACACUUUGGGAUAUUGAGACUGGUGUUACAUAAUUAGAAAUUUUCAGGGACAGUAAGCUUCACAUAAAACUAAAACCUAAAUAAAGCCUAAAGACUUUAGAGAGUGAUAUAAAGAUUUAAUUUAUAUUUUUAUUUGUUUCAUUUUAGAUAACUUACACAACUGGGUGAAAUGUCUGGCAAACAUUUACCUUUUCAUUCUUGAACUACAAUGGUUUUAUAAAGCCACCAGUUUAUUCACUCUGGGCAUAAACUUUUUUGAUAAGAAAUAGACGUAUCAAGCUUUUAGCAAUUUUUACACAGAAGGAAUAAAAUCAUAUGAAAUUUGAAGUUAAAUAUUGACCGUUUGAAGCAAUUUAAAGACUGUUGGAUGAAAUUAUUUGUCAUUCAUUGAAAUAAACAUUUAUGAAUACUUGCUAUA